UCUGUUUUAUUUUUACUUCUAUUUUUUUUUGUUAAAAAAGUGUACACUCUCAAAUUAUUAUCCAUUUGAAGCACGCACGAUAUUAUCAUAAGCUUGAUACCAUAUUUGUACCUUGCAAAAGAAUAUGCAAAUGAAAAACUCUUAUGAAAUAGGGCAAUUCCCUUAAAAUACCCUUUUUAAUUUUUUUCACCAAAAUAGUCUUAAAAAUAAGCAAAAUAGUUUUUUUUUAAUAUUGAUUUAUUAUUUAAAAAAAAAAAUUAAACAUCAUACGCAAAACUUCACCCCUUGACUAUAAACCAUAAAUCUAGAUUAGUUAACUAUAAGAUAUAAAUGUAUAUUUACUUUUUAAUAAAAACAUUUUUGGUCAUUUGACUAUUUUUGUGAAAAUAAACUAAAAAAAGACUAUAUUAAGGAAUUUCUCUAAUGAAAUAUGUCUGUUUUAAGUGGUUCAAUUAUGUUAAAAAUAUUUUAAACUUAAUUAAUUUACAUAUUAAAGUACUAAUAUUAGGUAAAAUAAUUUAUUUGAGAAAUUUAGCAAUGGUGGAUUUUCUAACCGAGUUGGUUCACUUUUUCCAAAAAGAAGAAAGUGAAAACUUUAUGUAUGUUUAUAUGUUUUUCAGUAUCUUUUAAUAACUUUAAUUACUAAAGUUUACUGUUUUUGUUAUCGAUAGGUAAAAUCUACCGCAAAAAAUAAAGAAGAGGGGAAAAAGGUAGUUUUGAGCGAGAGAGAAAAAAGAAAGAGAGAGCGUUUCUCCGCAAAUGAAGGGACUAAAGUGGGUUCGGUCAGAGGUCUCGAGUACAAGACAUUGCUCACUUCCUUCCUUAAAAUCUCCACCCAAUCACUAGCCACUGCCCCCCCACUUCGUUCCGCGUGCUCAACGGUCUUCAAAACCAAUCUGUCCUUAACACUGGCAAGGGACAAGAGUGAGAGAGGGGUUUUCCAUUGAACAAUCAAUCACAGUUUGCAGCUAUAAAGAAUGAAGAUUUCUUUUCUUUUCCACAGAGACAAGAACUGAGAUUGUGCAGCGGCUACAAUGCCAGAGUCAAGGGAAGCAUCGAACUACGAUGAGGCAUCUAUGGAUCAAAGCAUGCUCUUCUCUGAUGGUCUUAAGGACUUGAGGAAUCUGCGAACGCAGUUGUAUUCAGCAGCUGAGUACUUCGAACUAUCUUACACAACCGACGAUAAAAGACAGAUAGUUGUAGAGACACUCAAAGAUUACGCAGUGAAGGCUCUGGUGAAUACAGUUGACCAUCUUGGCUCCAUCACGUACAAAGUCAACGACUUCAUCGACGAAAAGGUGGAUGAAGUUGCAGAGACCGAACUAAGAGUAUCUUGCAUCGAACAGAGGCUAAGGAUGUGCCAAGAGUAUAUGGAUCAUGAAGGGCGUUCACAGCAAUCACUUGUGAUCGAAACUCCAAAGUUCCAUAAACGAUACAUCUUGCCAGCUGGUGAAACUAUAAAGACUACCAAUCUUGACAAGCUUAAGUACUUUGGAAGCAGCUUAGAGGAUGCAGAUGACUGGAACCAGUUUCGAAAUGCUGUGCGUGCUACAAUCAGGGAAACGCCUCCUCCUCCUCCUCCUCCACCCGUUAGAAAAUCAACAUCUCAGGCUUCAUCUCCACGGCAACCACCUCAGAGAUCAGCAACCUUUUCGUUUACGUCCACUAUUCCUAAGAAAGAUCAAGAUAAGAGAUCAGUGUCACCGCAUCGGUUUCCGCUACUAAGGUCAGGAUCAGUGGCUACCAGGAAGUCAGCAUCAAUCAGCAGGCCAACUACACCAAGCAAGAGCAGAUCUAUAACUCCUAUACGGUACCCUUCAGAACCAAGAAGAUCAGCUUCGGUUCGGGUUGGAUUCGAGAAAGAAAACCAGAAAGAAACAGAGCAGCAGCAGCAACCAAGUAAGAGCAAACGACUGCUUAAGGCUUUGCUUAGUCGACGCAAAACCAAGAAAGACGACACUCUCUACACUUUCUUGGACGAAUACUGA